UACAGCUGUUUCACGUUGCUAAUAUUCUGCGCAAGAUGUUAUCCACGAUUUAGUUACGAUGCGAGGCAGUGAUGCAAACAAGCCCGCUGGAAAAUAAAGGGGUUGUUGUGUGGCUGCCUUUUUGGAUAAAAAGACCCCCCUGUCUCUCUUCGCCCACUAUGCGGAGGCUCGCCGAUACCGAAGCCGUCCGCAUAGGUCGUGAAUAGCGGAUAUUUUAUGGAAGGUGGGACGAGGGAGAGGUUGUGAGGCUGGGGAGUCGGGACAUCGGCUGAGUGAGCUGGGCAGAGGAGCGUUAGCAGCCUAGCUUUCGUGACAGCUACGGCUGUAAGGGAACAGUGACUUUUUUGCGUACAACAUCCCCCCUUUGGUCCGGUCAUCAUGGCUACGAAUGGUAACAAUUUAACGCCAGGGAUGGGAGAUAUCAUCCAGUUAAACGUCGGUGGGACAAGGUAAGCUUCGACAGCAGGACAACUCGACAGAUGAUGGUCAUCAUUUGGGGAAAUUUGAGCUGUGGCUACGUACGUGUAUGGUGAUAUCUAGCUACAUGGUCAAGCGGCCAUGGAUGUGUGGCUGAAGUAGAUACACCACUCAAGGUUGAGUUCAGCACCUCCAGACAGACUCUGAUGUGGAUCCCAGACUCUUUCUUCUCAAGUCUGCUGAGUGGAAGGAUAUCCACUCUUCGGGAUGAAACAGGAGCUAUAUUUAUUGACAGAGACCCCACAGCGUUUGCACCAAUUCUGAAUUUCCUCCGAACCAAAGAGUUGGACCUGCGGGGUGUCAACAUCAGUAUCCUGCGACAUGAAGCAGAGUUUUAUGGGAUAACUCCUUUAGUACGCCGUUUGCUGCUGUGUGAGGAACUGGACCGCUCAUCAUGUGGUAGCGUUCUCUUCCAUGGUUACCUGCCGCCCCCAGCAAUCCCUGCCCGUAAGCCAAGUCCUGCCUCAGCAGCCACUGGCUCCUCCUCUGAUGAGCGGCCGGGUCCAAGUGGAGCAGAGGGCUUCACCCGUGUUGGUCCCCCUCCUCACCCUUCCCUUUCUGGCCCACCUGGAAUGGACGACAACCACAAACUGGGUCCUGUGGUUGACCCCAGAAAGGUGCUGAUUAUAGCCGGACACCACAACUGGAUUGUAGCAGCUUAUGCACACUUUGUCAUCUGCUACAGGAUAAAGGAGUCUUCUGGAUGGCAGCAAGUGUUUUCAUCUCCCUAUCUUGACUGGACCAUUGAACGCAUUGCACUUAACGCCAAGGUGGUGGGUGGCCCGCAUGGAGACAAAGAUAAGAUGGUGGCCGCUGCAUCUGAAAGCAGUAUCAUCCUCUGGAGCAUCCAAGAUGGAGGCAGUGGAAAUGAGAUAGGUGUAUUCAGUCUUGGUGUACCUGUGGAUGAUCUCUUUUUCAUUGGGAACCAGCUGGUGGCUACAAGUCAUACUGGGAAGGUCGGAGUGUGGAAUGCCGUCACACAGCACUGGCAGGUUCAAGAUGUGGUUCCUAUUACCAGUUGUGACACAGCAGGAUCCUUUCUACUUCUGGGCUGCAACAAUGGCUCCAUCUACUACAUAGACAUGCAAAAGUUUCCACUGAGGAUGAAGGAUAAUGAUCUUCUAGUGACAGAGCUUUAUCAUGACCCUUCAAAUGAUGCCAUCACUGCACUGUCUGUCUACCUCACACCUAAAACCAGUGUGAGUGGAAAUUGGAUAGAGAUAGCCUACGGGACUAGCAGUGGUGCUGUGAGGGUGAUUGUGCAACACCCGGAAACAGUGGGGUCAGGUCCUCAGCUCUUUCAGACGUUCACUGUGCACAGGAGCCCUGUGACAAAGAUUAUGCUGUCUGAGAAACAUCUGGUGUCAGUGUGUGCGGACAACAACCAUGUUCGGACGUGGACGGUGACCCGAUUCAGAGGGAUGAUUUCCACCCAGCCAGGCUCCACCCCUCUAGCAUCCUUCAAAAUACUGUCCCUGGAGGAGACGGAGAGCCAUGGGAGCUACUGCUCUGGGAAUGAUAUAGGUCCAUUUGGAGAGAGAGACGAUCAGCAGGUUUUCAUACAGAAGGUGAUCCCCAUCACCAACAAACUGUUUGUGAGGCUCUCAUCUACUGGAAAGAGGAUCUGUGAAGUGCAGUCCGUGGAUGGGACCACCAUCUCUUGUUUCAUGGUACGGGAAUGUGAGGGUUCGAGCCGGAUGGGGUCACGGCCUCGGCGCUAUCUGUUCACAGGCCAUGGCAACGGCAGCAUCCAAAUGUGGGACCUGACCACUGCGAUGGACACCGCCAACAAAGGAGAGGAGAAGAAGAGAGAGGAUGUAGGUGGGCCUACAGAGGAGGAACUACUGCAGCUGUUGGACCAGUGUGACCUGAGCACCUCCCGCUGUGCUACACCAAAUAUAAGCCCUGCACCCUCUGUGCUGCAUCACACACGCCUCAGAGAGUCCUGCUCAAGUCUGCAGUUACAGGCCCCGGAGCCUAUUCCUGAGAGUCAGGCUACUUAUGGAGCUGUACGACCCUACAGAGAGAGCCCCCUGUUGGCCCGCGCUCGGCGAACGGAGUCUUUCCACAGCUACCGAGACUUCCAGAACUUUAGCCUGAGCCGAGGUGUCCUGGACAGCACGGGUCAGAUGUCCACACAGGGCCUCAGUCAGGCCCCUGAUGCCCGCCGUUCGCUCUGUGACUUUGGACCUGAGGACAGUGAGCGGAGAGCCUCAGCUAUGGAGUUCUGGGCUUGUAGAACGGCCAGUUCAAGCUCUACCAUAAAUAUCGGCGCUAUGGCAACUGCUGGUGUUUGCGGGAAGGCAGAAGGCAGUCAAGAGUCUCCACGACAACCUCCUGACAGCCCAAUUCCAGGAGGUGACGUUAGGCGAAAAGUGCACCCGCAACCAGAGGAGGGAGACGGUGUGGGAUCAGGGGGAGACGGGGCGAAAGUGGAGGGAGGUGUGAGAAAAAGGGGAGUACUAGAAGGAGGCUUUCUGGGGAGGAAGAGGGCUCCUCCAGUCCCCCACCUCUCCUCCCUCCCCUCUGGAUCUGACGGUGGUGGCAGCGACUCAUCUUCAAACGCCUCCCCCUCCCCAACUAAACUGGGUUCUUCCACCUCACCACGACACAGGAAGCUGGCCCCCGAGCUGUCCAAUCAGGACAGCAGCCUGUGACAGCUCAAUGUGCCCACCAGCCUUUUCUUUAGAUCCCAAUCAGAGGAGUCAUCAUGUGGAGACUUCCUGUAGAUUCAUGCGGGAGAUGAGGCCUGGAUAUCACAGCAAAGGAGGAAUGUGGCUUCAGCUGCAGGAAACCACUUUAAUUGCUUCUACUCCGCUUUCCACCCCACCCUAACAAUGUUUUCUAACUGGAUGAAGGACCUUCUUCUUUUGGGACUCCAUACAAGUUGCUACCAUGUUUUAAUGAGUCUCAGGAUGAGUCUACUUUACUCUGUUUGCUUCCUCAGCUGAAACACUUUUAUUUAAAAAUGUUUUUUUUAAUUUAAUUCAGUGGAAUUCAAACAUUGCUGUCAUAUUUUGACUACAAAAUCUUACACGAAGCCGCAGUCACAACAUCCCGACGCUAACAGCAUGCCAUCUCAACUUGUUUUUUUAAUCUUUUAAGGAUUUCAAGUUUAUCAAGUUCUCAUCACACUUAUCACAAAAUCUGCUGGGUACAACUGGAGCUCCUACUUUGCUUCUGGUGUUUGCUUCUGGUCGUCUAAACAGAUGAUGACAGUGAUGUGGUCAAGUUCAAGUUGAGGCACAAAUCUGCUCAGUUAAGUCCUAGAGAACUGCUGAAAUGCUCUACAGGAAUACAAACAUCUGUUGGGUCUGGUAUUGUGAAGGGCAAUGGUUUAAGCACAAGUUUUUUUGGCCACUGAUGUGUUAAAUAAUUAGAUUAAAUCAUUAACUCAAGUUCAUCAAAAUGGAAAGAAAACAACAAGCAAAUAAGCACAGCGUAGUACUUAAUUAACAAAAGCACAACUUGUGCUUUUAUCAGAUAUUUAAAGUGUUUUUAUUGGCUUGUAGUUUUGUAGAACCUGGCCUAAAUCAUUCUCGCCUUUAUAAAUACAUCCCACAUGUAAAAUUUGAGAUCGAAAACACAUAACAGAAAGGGCAUCAAAUCCUCACAUUUGAUUAGCACGUUUUUACAUUUUUGUGAACUUUUGUCACAGAUUUGUCUGUGAGGAUCAGGCCCCCGUGCAAAUGCAUAAGUCUCAGUGAAUCUUUACUUUAACUUACCUUCAACUUGUUACCCUAGCCAGAAUCUUGGCAGCUACUUGAAUCCUAAUGCUGCAGCCAAAGACACAAUAGUUAUUAUGUUACUGUUGUAGAAGAAAUGACACUAGAAGCUAACAGUCAGCAAGCAGUGAAGUCAUUUUGCAGCUCCAGCAUGCAGUAAAACCUUCCCGGGGUUGUUGUUUGACAGCUCAAUGACAACUAUGCAACAGUGGAGUUAAGAUGCAGAGCAGCUAAGAUAACACGACUAACAAGUCUUCAUGAUAUGUGUUACAGGGCAGUUGCAUCAUUAACUUACGUUAACAGUAGCAUAAGAGACGCCUUGCUCUUCAACAAACAUUUUGACUUGCUAUAGCAGGAAAAAGCAUGGCUGAAAAUGUCACUAGUGAUGGCUCGGUUCUUUCAAGUGUCCCAGUGAGCCAGCAUGCACACCACUAGGACACUGGAAGUAGCUCACCUAAACAAAAUCUGAAAUUAUGAACUAUACUGUUCUUCCUGCUAUGACAAGUCAAAGGUCAGCUGUGAAAACAGUCCAAUCCAACACAGCAAUUUAAGGCAUUUUCAUAAAACAAUAGUGAAUGUGAAUUUGGCACACAGCUGGAACCUUUCAGUCUGAGGGAAGUUUUUAUUAUUUUAUUUUUUUUUUGGAGAUGCAUUAAAAAGAUCACAUUCACAUAGCAGUGACAGCAAAUCAACUUUAGCUCAUAAAGGAAUUUAAUGCUUUGUGGCAGUGUUGUAGUCAAGACCAUUUAACCCAAGACCAUGUCAGGAUCAAGACCAGGGUCUAUCGAGACCGAGACAAGACCAAGACUUUGAGUGGUCGAGAGACCAAAACCAAGGCAGGGCAAGACAGAUUCAAGACCAAGACCAGACACUAUAUAGCCUACUUAUGUAGCUAAUAUGCAGCUAAUACUUUCCAAAUCACUUUGGGGGAGGCGUGGUCCUAGCUUUUGCAGUAAGCAUUGCAUUGACAUAUUUAAAUACUGCUCUGUGUUUUCUUUUGAAUGCCGUUUUGCAGCUGGGGAAAGGUAGACAGACAUUAAUAGUAACAACAAUUUCAAAACUGAAAUGAGUCAAGUUAUUGGUUUCAUUUGAAACAGGAAUUUUACAGUACAGUAGAUUUUAUAGUAUUUAUCUUAAUAAUCAAACAGUGCACAGGCGGUUUAACAAUAUCCCCAAAGAUGUGGUCUUGACCAACUGAGACAAGACAGAGUAAAAAUACGGUAGACUCUGAGACGAGAUGUUCAAAAAGUGGUCCAAGACUGAUCUUGAGUACUACAACACUGCUUUGUGUAUAUACAACAUAGGACCUUUUGCUUGAUGUCGAAGCCGAGAUAAAUCAUUUGGUACAUGAUUUAUCUCUGGUCAGACACUUAGAAAAACUGUGGUGCCUGAUUAAGAUCACACUAAUUAUUAUUUAUAUUUUAUUUUUUUAGAGCGUCACAAUAUAACUACACUCAACUCAGUACUCAAAAUGACGUACACUACAUCACUUUACUCCCUUUGAAACUGAUUUCAAUGUGUCUUGUUUUGUUUCAGAUGACUGUUGCAGUGCCUUAUUUACCCUGUUUGACAGUUAUCAGCCUGUUUGUGUGCUUUAAUUGAAAAAAGGAUUCUGACCAAAGGCUUGUGAAGACUGAGCUCAUUAUGGAGCCGCAUAACAGACCUGCUCACUCUGGAAACGACUCAUGAUAGAUUUACAACAGGCCAAAAUAGAUUUCAUGAGUGGUCACUUGAAUUUGAUAGGCAUUACAUAUUAAAUUAUCAGCAUCUAUUGUAUAUUGUAAAUAAUCCUGGCGUAGAUUAAAACCGCAGUCCAUCUUUCUUCCCAACACCUGGGGAAUUUGUGUUCUUUGUAGUUUAAGGUGAACCAUUUCGAGCAUACAAGUGGUAAAAAUAUGAUAGUAUGCUCUGUUGUAAAACAAAAACAAUGCACCUUGGUUAUGAUAUAGAUGACGGCCUACAAGGACAGCUAAAAGUUAAAUAGCAGUGACCUCAAUUAGCACAGUCAUUCUGUGAGUUAAACCUUUUUUGCUUGAGAUCAGAUCCCCUCUGAGACUUUAUGAAUAAACCAAGCCAGCUCUUAAUGUACGGUACUUUAAAAAUAAAUAAAAACAUUAUGGGGAUAACCGUUAAAACUGAUGACAGUAAAAAAAAGGAAAAGGUGGAAAGAACUAGAAAGCUUAUUGUGAAAUGUUAUUGUUAUAAUUUGCCAUAUCCAGCAGCUAUAUAACCUCUUUUGAAGUAGUUUUUUAGCACAUUGCUUAUCAUUUUAACAUUGAAAGAUGAUCUGGCCGUGUGGUCCCUGCCUGUACAAAGAUGUACAUUUUGAUACACUAAUUAACUGUAUGGAAAGUAGACAUACAUAUUCAAAACAAAGUCCUAACAUGGAUGCAUUGAUGUGUGUGAUGGUGUGUUCAUACUUAACACUGUUGUUCUUUACAUAUUGCUGAUAAUCAUAUAAUGCCUAUAUUGAUAUUACCAUGCUAUUGGACCUAACUGCAUUUGCACUAUUAAGACUAAUAUUAAAGUAACAUGCUAGUGUUUAUUUUAUAUAUAUAAGUAUGUUUAAAGUGUAUUUCAGCACAUAACUGUUUGUCUGUCCUUAUCUGUUGUCCCUCAGUUCCUCUCUGGCUAUGUUUACAUUAUAUUACAGCCAGAUACUAGUGAGCUAAAAGGAAAUACAUAUCUGUUUGUUUAGACUGUCCUGUACAUCAUUGUUUUACACUGUGUAUGUUUGAAAUGCUGCAUUAUGUUGUAAUAUUAUUUACAGUUGCCUACAGUACUGACCCAUGAUCUGAUAUAAUGUUGACAUUGAACUUUUCAGAGCCACAGUGUUCGUGCAAUUUAAACUACAACUGUGUUCACUAAAGCUCUCAAAACUGGA